AUGAUAGGCACUGCAACCUGCUUGAUUAUUAUGCAUGAGGCACAGCUGUGGUUAAAGCCAAUGAUGCAGCAGUCUGAUGAAAACCAGAAUAAUUUCCAUGAUGUCUAUGUUGCUUAUUGUGAUAAAGAUCUUAAUUUUGCCCGGGAUAUCAUUAACAAAAUUGAAAAUGAAGGACUCCGGUGCUACUUCAAGGACCGAGAUGAAGGAAAUGGUUAUGUAUUAGAAAACCUGUGUCAAGAAAGUCGGAACAGCCGUCUUAUUCUUAUUAUUUACACAGAACAUUCUAUUGAAGAUUGCUUAAUCAAAUUUCUUACGAUCCAAUCACUACACUAUACUCUAGACUUUGGAAAACUCACCUUAAUACUUUUGCUCCAUAAUAUUGAUAAGAAUAGAUUACCUAAAGAAGUGCAGUUUGUGCCACAUGUAUUUACUAGUGAAAUGAAUUAUUUUGAGACAAUAAUGGAAAAACUAACAGCUCCUAAAGUCAAUAUAGACAAUUUAUUACCUGUUGGAAAUAUAUCUUCUGGAUUAGUGUGGAGUUUCUACUAUGGCUAUCUGAAAAUAAUUCUGCCAGAAAUACCUAUCAAAAUAAAAGAGUGGAUAAGCUGCAACCCUUCAAAAAGUAAAUACUUUCCCAGACAACUGUAUAUCAUUCUUCCAACUUUUGGCAAUUGCUACAGUUCUCUUAGUGAAGUAGAUAACAACAUAGAAUUUGUGGAGACAUUUACAUCCGUGGAAAUUGAUCGAGCAGGUAACAGAAAUCGAAAUUACAAAAACACCAUUUAUAAAAUUUGCAGACCUGACAAAGAAUAUUAUUUUGUUGGUGAGUAUGCAUCUCCAGUGAAGACGAUGUUUGAAAUGGAAAAAGGACAAAUUGCAGGACUAACAAAAUCGGACUUUUUUCAACAAGUUUACCUUUUUAAAGAGAAAUUGUCACAAAUUCUAAACCAUAAAGAUUGUCCAUGUCAUUGUUGUACUUUGGUUAUUUAUAAUAAUGAUCCACUAUUAUCAGAUUUGCUUGUGAACAAAAUAGAAGAAGACUUAAAAGCAGUGACUGCUUCCUGA